GGCCGAUACGAUGCUCACGGGAGGCGCCGCCUCUUUUCCUCUCCCUCUUCCCUCUCAAAGGGCGGGGAAGCAGCGGGAGAAACCAUGAUGAUGUUGGUCGCAACGUGCGCCGGCAGCUUAACUAUCAGUCACUCAGAGGGUCGAUGUUAGUCCGUCCGUUCGUCGCCGGGGUAACGGCUGGUCUCCUGUCAUUGACGUCAACAACAGUCGGAAAACCCUGGCGCACGACGCCGGUGAGCCACGGCUAACGGUAACGGCAGCGGGAGCGGGAGCGGCAGCGAUGAGCAGAGUGCGAGCUGCGCUGACCGCCGUCUGCAGUCUGUGCGCGCUCCACGCCGCCAGCAGCACCUUCACCGGCCAGUUGACAGGUGUUUUGGAUGAUUGCUUCUGCGACAUAGAAAGUAUCGAUGACUUCAACAGUUACAAGAUUUUUCCUAAAUUACAGAAAUUGCAAGAAAGAGACUACUUCAGAUAUUACAAAGUAAAUUUAAAGCGACCCUGUCCUUUCUGGUUAAGUGAUGGGCAUUGUUCGAUUAAGGACUGCCAUGUAAAGCCUUGUUCUGAGAGUGAGAUUCCAAUUGGAAUUAAAGCAGCUAAUUACAAUAAAGAAGUGAAUGCAGAAGAGUUACAAGACUGUGAAGAAGCAAAUGAGCUGGGAGCUGUCAACAGCACAUUAAGUAACCAAACAAAAGAGGCUUUUAUUGAUUGGGCAAGAUAUGAUGAUGCACAAGACCACUUCUGUGAGCUUGAUGAUGAGUUGUCACCUGAUGCAGAAUAUGUGGAUCUCCUCCUCAAUCCUGAACGCUACACUGGAUACAGGGGUUGGUCAGCCUGGAGGGUGUGGAAUAGCAUCUAUGAAGAGAACUGUUUCAAGCCUCGCUCUGUAUAUCGUCCUCUGAAUCCAUUAGCACCCAGCAGAGGAGAUGAUGAUGGUGAAUCCUUCUACAAUUGGUUGGAAGGUCUUUGCCUUGAAAAGAGAGUAUUUUACAGGUUAAUUUCUGGACUCCAUGCCAGUAUUAAUAUACACCUCUGUGCCAAGUAUCUCCUCGAUGAUGGGUGGGGAAGAACGAGAUGGGGACCAAAUUUAGAAGAAUUUCGAUUUCGGUUUCACCCUGCUGAAACAAAAGGAGAAGGUCCAAGAAGGUUGAAAAACCUUUAUUUUUUAUACUUGAUUCAACUGAGAGCUUUGUCGAAAGUAGCUUUGUACUUUGAGCGUUCAAUUGUGGACUUGUACACUGGAAAUUCAACGGAAGAUGCAAUUACCAAAAAACAGCUACUGGAGGUCCUCAAUGAAACCAAAUCAUUUCCAAUGCAUUUUGAUGAGAAGUCAAUGUUUGCAGGUGAUAAGAAAGAAGCGAAGACAUUAAAGGAGGAAUUCAGGCUCCAUUUUAAGAAUAUUUCACGGAUAAUGGACUGUGUUGGGUGUGACAAGUGCAGAUUAUGGGGUAAACUGCAGACUCAGGGCUUGGGUACUGCACUGAAGAUUUUAUUUUCCGAGCGGGAAAUUAAGAACCUCCCUGAGCGCAGUCCCUCAGCCGGUUUUCAGCUAACCCGACAGGAGGUUGUUGCUCUGCUGAAUGCAUUUAGCAGACUUUCAACAAGCAUACAAGAGUUGCAGACUUUCAAAAUGCUGUUAAAGGACAAAAGGUAACAAAUGCUAUGGAAAUGACGAUGAUGGAUGCAAAGCAGAGACUUUGUAAAGUUGCCCAAUCUUUGGCACUUUACAGAACUUCAGGGAUCCAGUGGCCGUUGCACAAUUUACUGUAUUGCAUUGGCUAAAGAACUACACCCAGAUAAAGGUAGAGAUGAAUUGGGUAUGGUAAUAGUGAGCAACUAUUUACAUUUCAAUUAAUAGCAUUUCUUCCUUACCUAAUACAAUGAAGUGCUCUUAAGGUUUUAGAUUAUUCCCAAAACUUGCGGCAUUCACCAUGUGUAAGCUUUUUACUGGUUUAUUAGUAUAAAUAUUAAUUUGGUUUCAAAUACCACCAAAACUUACCCACUAAGGAAAUUUAAAAAUCCUGUUUCUAUGGAUUUGUCUACUAUUAAUGAAGUAUAAUUUUAUUUUUGAUUCCCGCUGUUUCAGAGCACCUCCCUUACCUCCAAUUGUGUUGGCAAUGCAAAAGGUUCUUGAGAAUAUUUAAUUAUCUUUGAUCAUUGAUUUAUUGAAGUUCUAACUGACCUUAAAGAUCAUCAGAGUGUGUAAAAGAUAGUUUCUGAAUCUGAUAUCUUUACUUUUCCAAAAGAAGAAAAUAUUUUACUUUGGAGUGGAUAACUGUCAUUGUGUCAUUUGUAUAUUGUGAUAAAAUGUGACUUUUGUAAUUUAAAAAAAAUAAAAGCAACCAUUGGGUGGGUUGUAACUUUAACUGCUGUGCAAUGAACUAUGGACUUCUAAGUAAAAUUUUAUCCUGUGGAGAAAUCGAAGAAGUUUUAAAAUGUUGGUAAUGAAUUCAUGUGAUGGAUUUUAAGACCACUUCAAAAAGAAUUUACUGACUGCUACGACAUUUAGAGCUCCUGAUAUAUUAAAUCUAAAAAUGUCUCCUUCAAACCUUGGUAAUAGUCUGAAAUACAAAUCAAAAGCAAUAUGAUUUAAUCCACUUUCCACAUAAAAUAAGCUUCAGUAUCGUGUAGUUAUUUCUAAUGACCUCUAAUUUCACAUUGUAGCAUCUGUUAUUCAGCAUUUAAUUCACUGGAUUGACCAAAAAUGGCUGUUUAAUCUUAUGUACAGGAUGGGCUGCAUCCUUUUGAAUCUAGAAGCAAAUACGUGUGACUCCUAAAAUGUGGUUAUAAAUAAGUUAUUAUUGGAGCAUAUGCAGCAAAGCUAUCUAUAUAUUGGAGCAAAUAAUAGCAAAUAUUUUUAUGUAAACAAAUCUUUCCUUUUUUUGUGCAUGACUGUUGUUGAAGCCUUCCCACCAUGGGGUGGGAGUUGAAGAAAAUCUACGAUGAUCUCAGUGAAUAAUGAAGCAGUUUUAGAGCCCUGAUAGUGUCGUGUUCAUAGUCAGUUUCUUUCUCUCUUUGUUCUUGUUUACUCUUCUCUUAAACUAUUCCAAUUGCACAAAAUGGCAGCAAGUUUUACAUUCAUGCCACUUGAAUUCCCAGUUAUAUAAUAGCGUAAGUUAUAUAAUAGUACCAUAUAAUAGUAAAUUUUAUGUGAAUAAGCCGUUUAUUUUUGUGCAAGGCUAUUGCUGAAAUCUUUCCAACCUCAUCUUGUUGGUGUUAAAUUUAGCCUGGUUCAUAUCAUUAGUUUAGAAUAUUGAGAUCUGUAAUGAUCAAAGAUUGUGCUGCUGGUAAAAAUGUCCUCUGCACUUCAUAGCUUCAGACCAACAAUAGUUUCCCUGUGCAAAUCUGGAUUUGCAAAGCCAGGCAUUCUAAAUGACGGCUAGUUCUUUGCAGUUAUUUAGUAGAGUGUUGUUGGUAUACUGUGGGGAAAAUUGAAAGUAUUAGUUUAAGCUCCUGUGUAACAGCUACAUUGGAAUGUGUAGCACAGAAGUAGUCCAAUUAACCAAAUGAUUUGCGUCCACAUUUAGCUUACACAAAAAAGCCAUUCUUCUGUGCCUCUGCUCCUCUUCUAAACUUGCUAUACAUACAACAAGCACAUCCAUAUACAAAUCUGAAUUCCAGUUUGUGCAAUUUUAUGGUCCUUGCUUUCUUAACCAAGUUAUUUCUCCAGAGUAAUAGUAAGCCGGAGAGUGGUGAAAAAAAACAAUGCAAGGAUAUUUUACAGAAAAUUUAAAGAACUAAACAAAAAUGCAGAUACAGGAAAUCUGAAAUAAAAAGCAUAACAGAUGAAGAAUUGGUGAUUAAAAUGCUACCCUGCUUCUCCAUGUGUCACCUGCUUCGUAUUUCCAGUAUUUAUCUUAGGAAUAUUCUGAUACAAUGAGGUAAAGUAGCUUGGAAAUUAUAGGUCUAUAGUGGUCUCAGUGAAUGACAAAACAGGUUUAGAGGGCUGUCUGGCCUGAUCCUGCUGUGUUCAUAACCAGCAUUUUCCUCUUGGCACGUGUUUAUUUUUCUCUUAAACUAUUCUCAUUGUUCCAUAUGGCAACAAGUUUCGUACUCUCACCCCUCAAAUUCCCUGUUGUAUUAUCAGUGAUUGUCUUUUAUUUUAGGCUAGCUUUUAGUUUCUCUUUCCAGUGAGAAGGGAUCCCGUGUUAAAGAAUGAUGCAUUAGAUUGGAUAGAGAGACCCAUGAUUUUGUUUUUUAAAAAAAAAAGAAAUUAACACUGCAGGGUUUUUUUUUUGGUCUUCCCACAGUGACUUAUUUAGAGGAUUGCUUGCGUUAUAUUUAUUUUAGCUAUUCUGAAGCAGCUUUUUGUCACAUAUUAGGAGCAUGGAUUUUGAGAAAACACAUUGAGGUAAUCAGUAGUUAAGUUUUCUCUACCAACGGUUAUUUUGUUUUGAAAUGGCUUGCAUGAUAUGACCAGCAUUCACUGCCAUCCUUAACUGCCCAUAAGAAGGUGGUGCUGAACCAAUUAUAUAUAAUGGUUUGCUGUUCACAUACACCUACACUUUUGUCCCUCAUUUUGGUAAAGUUUUACCAGAUCGUCUAUUACUGUCGACAGAAAAGGCUUUAAGAUGCUUCAGUCUAUCUUGUUUAUGGUGUAACUGAGUCACAGCAUGUUACUGAUGGGAGGAGGUGAGUGUUAAGGUGGUGGAUGGUUUGCCUGUGAGGUGUUGAGCUUCUUAAGUCAGUAGAAUUGUGGUCAUCUUUGCAACUGCUGAAUAUCUAUUUACCUUUGUAGCUGUUGAAGCUUUGGAAAUUUGAUGCAUGUGUCACACAUGCCACAAAAUAUCCACCCUCUGAUCAGCAUUUACAGACAUUGUAUUUUUAUGUUUGGUCCUGUGAGUUUUACCAUGGAAUCUUUUAAUAAGGUUAGGUAGCCCAUAAUUAAUGAUCCCCUGGUUUUUAAUGUAGAAACUCUCUACCAUGUUUUGAAAAAUAAUUUGAUAAAGGCAUGUGUAAACUUAAUGAACAGCUGAGGAAAACAGAAGUAAACAAUUCAAUAGUAUAAUUGAAUGCCAAAAGUAUAUUUCAUCCUGGCAUUUUAAAUAAUCUAUCACCAUUAAAGUUUUGUUGUCCCUAAUGAUGUGCAAUUUCAAAAUAAUUACACUGUUAACCACCAUUCUUUUCCUAAAGUACUUGUUGCAUCACUCAUUUUCAAUUGAAACUGGCAAUGACAUUUCAUUAUAAGUUCUUCAGUUGUGGAUAGAUGGAAAAGCAAGCAGCAAAAUGAAAAGCUGAUUGCAAUGGCAAAACUUGUUUCUAAAUUGCAGUAGAUAUUUUUAAAUUACUAUUUUGAACACAACUUUGACUGGAAUAACACACAAAAUGCUCGAGGAACUCAGCAUGUCAGGCAGCAUCUAUAGCAAGGAAUAAAGAGUUGACGUUUUGGACUAAGACCCUUCAUCAGAUUUUGGUCCAAAACCAAAAGUUAAUCCUGAUGAAGGAGAUAAUGAAACAGAUCCUGAUGAAGGGUCUUGGCCCAAAACUGGACUCUUCAUUUCUCUCCAUAGAUAUUACCUGACCUGCUGAGUUCCUCCAGCACUUUGUGUGUGUGUGUUACUCUGGAUUUCCAGCAUCUGUCAAAUAUCUUGUAUUUCUACCUGGAAUAACCAUACCUGUAUGCAAAACAUUGUUCCUUUGACUGUUUUUGUCUAACUAUUGCUUUAUAACUCUUAAUCUAAGCAACUGUGUCCAUUUUUGCAGCAGCUUCAGCACCUGUUUACUUUAACACUUUACUAAUUUUUAUCUGCAUGAUCAGCACUAAUAUUUCAAUGCAACAGUGCUCUGCCUUAAGCAAAAUAAGUGCUCCGUUAAUGUGACAAAAUUGAUUGUAUUUUUGUGUUAUCUUUGAUCACGAUUCAUCUAAGUUCUUUGUCUUUCCUAGUUUGAAGUUUUAAAGAGUUUUAAGUUCCUCUCAAUUUAUGUGUACCAAGCUGGUGUUCAACUUGGAACAAAGUGUUUUGGAAUGCAUCCUCUGUUUACUACACUUGUCAUGUAUUUAUAUAAAGAAAAAUAAAAUUUUACUGGUGAUCCACUUUCAAAACCUGUUACUUUAUGUAAAGAUAUGUUGAGUAAAGUGGGAACUAGACCAAAUGGACUAAUUUUCCUGUGAUUUGAUUAAGUUAAAAUUUCCAGACUAAUAAAGCUUUUUCUAAAUAAUUUCCUCAUGCUUAAAAAGGAGGAAGAACUCUUAAUGUUAAGCUCUCUUCAGUGUU